AUGCAUAUCUCGGUCGAAGCGUUUGGAUCAUUAAUUUUCAGGGGAGGUGUUGGAUUUCAACGAGAAGAAUGUCGUUGCGUAUCGACGUUUGGGGACGAAAUCACGAAUAGCCUCCGUGCGAACCGAAGUACGUCCAGCAAAGAUUGUUUUUUCUUUUCAAUUAAAUACGCGAAAGUAUACUUAAUUUAUGUUAUCUAUCAUGUAUAUCUCGCGUUCGGCGUCGGAGCGUUUGGAUCAUUAAUUUUUCUGGGAGGUGUUGGAUUUCAACGAGGAGAAUGUCGUUCUAUAUCAGCUGGGCCUAACCGAUAUAUUGUAUAG